CAUGGCUGCCGCCGGUACCGGGUCCUUGAGCUGAGCGCCCGCCGCCGGGAGCCAACCGUCGCCUUCAACCGUCCGCGCCGGCGGGCCGAGGCGCCGGCGGGCGGGCGAGCAGCCGCAGCCGCCGCGCAGGAGGAGGAGGCAGCAGCAGGAGGCCCGAGCGGCCGCCGCGGCUGGGCACAUGGCGUCCAUCUUAUUGAGGAGCUGCUGCAGCUGGGCGCCCUCUCGCCUCCCGCCGCCCCGCACCGCCGCCCGGAGGGGUGCUCUGAGAGAUCGUGCCUGUCUCAGCUGUGCCAACACCGUGGGGCUGAUAAGCCACCUGAUCGUGCCAUUUCACUGCCGCACUCCUGUCCACCCCGUGCACCUUUGCUUCAAAGCCGAUCCCCGUGGCUACUGGACUCUGAGGCCUGAGCGCACGUGCUCAGCGGCCGGAGCACCGUGGGCCCUCACCUCUACCAGUCUGGUUGUCCCAGGGCCACUGUUCCUUCCCUUGCGCUGCUGGCACUCAUCGGCCCCGCUGGGCGAUGACUCUGUGGUGGAGAAGUCCCUCAAGUCCCUAAAGGACAAGAACAAGAAGCUGGAGGAGGGUGGCCCCGUGUACAGCCCCCCACCAGAGGUGGCCGUGCGGAAGUCCCUGGGGCAGAGGGUUGUGGACGAGCUAAAGCACUAUUACCACGGCUUCCGCCUGCUGUGGAUCGACACCAAGAUCGCGGCGCGUAUGCUUUGGCGAAUCCUGCACGGCCACAGUCUGACCCGCCGGGAGCGCAGACAGUUUCUCCGGAUAUGCGCUGACCUCUUUCGCCUGGUUCCCUUCCUGGUCUUUGUGGUGGUGCCAUUCAUGGAGUUCCUGCUUCCUGUCGCUGUGAAGCUCUUCCCCAACAUGUUGCCGUCUACGUUUGAGACCCAGUCCAUCAAGGAGGAGAGGCUGAAGAAGGAGCUGCGGGUCAAGCUGGAACUGGCCAAGUUCCUCCAGGACACCAUUGAGGAGAUGGCCUUGAAGAAUAAGGCAGCCAAGGGGAACGCCACCAAAGAUUUCUCCGUGUUUUUCCAGAAGAUCCGAGAGACUGGCGAGAGACCCAGCAAUGAGGAGAUCCUGCGUUUCUCCAAGCUGUUUGAGGAUGAGCUGACCCUGGAUAACCUGACUCGGCCGCAGCUGGUGGCCCUGUGCAAGCUGCUGGAGCUCCAGUCCAUUGGCACCAACAACUUUCUGCGUUUCCAGCUCACCAUGAGGCUGCGGUCCAUCAAGGCUGACGACAAGCUGAUCGCUGAGGAAGGGGUGGACAGCCUGAAUGUCAAGGAGUUGCAGUCGGCAUGUCGGGCACGAGGCAUGCGGGCCCUCGGGGUCACGGAGGACCGUCUGAGAGACCAACUGAAGCAGUGGCUGGAGCUGCACCUGCACCAGGAGAUCCCGACAUCCCUGCUCAUCCUGUCCCGGGCCAUGUACCUCCCGGACACCCUCUCGCCCGCCGACCAGCUCAAGUCCACGCUGCAGACGCUCCCAGAGAUCGUGGCGAAGGAGGCCCAGGUGAAGGUGGCCGAAGUGGAAGGUGAGCAGGUGGACAACAAGGCCAAGCUGGAGGCCACGCUGCAGGAGGAGGCAGCCAUCCGGCGUGAACACUUGGAGAAGGAGCUGCAGCGGCGCCCCGAUGCGGCGAAGGAAGUGGAGCCGGAAGUGGCGGCAGAGGCUGUUCCUGGGAGGCCUGCGGCCGAGCUGCAGCCCAGAGUGCCUGAGGUGACCCUGCCGUCAGAGGCCCUGAAGGACACGGCCCCUGUCCUAGAAGGCUUGAAGGAAGAGGAAAUAACGAAAGAGGAGAUCGACAUACUCAGCAAUGCCUGCUCGAAGCUGAAAGAGCAAAAGUCGUCCCUGACCAAGGAGAAGGAAGAGCUGGAGCUGCUCAAGGAGGAUGUGCAGGACUACAGCGAGGAUUUGCAAGAGAUCCAGAAGGAGCUUUCGAAGACCGGCGAAGAAAUCUAUGUAGAGGAGUCGAAAGCCAGCAAGAGGCUGACAAAGAGGGUGCAGCAGAUGAUCGGGCAGAUCGAUAGCCUGCUCUCACAGCUGGAGGCGGGCGCAGAGGCUGGCAGGCUGGGUCCCACCGCCGAGCAGCCACCUGCAGGGGAGACUGUCAUCAGCAUCGCUGAGCUCAUCAGUGCCAUGAAGCAGAUCAAGCACAUUCCAGAAAACAAGCUCAUCAGCUUGGCCUCCGCGCUGGAUGAAAACAAGGACGGCAAGAUCAACAUCGAUGACCUUGUCAAGGUGAUCGAGCUGGUGGAUAAAGAGGACAUCCACAUCUCCACCAGCCAGGUGGCCGAGAUCGUGGCCAUGUUGGAAAAGGAGGAGAAGGUGGAGGAGAAGGAGAAGGCCAAGGAGAAGGCUGAGAAAGAGGCCGCCGAAGUGAAGAAUUAGGGCCUGCCCCUGUCCUGGGCACCUUGGGGCACCUCCCGUAUUGGCCUCCGUCCCACAGUGCCGGUUGCCGGGCCCUGCUGUGCUAGUGAAGGCUUUGAGGUGAUUCUUAGUGACAAACCUAAUAUUUUGUCUGGAAUAAAUCAAACUUCCAUAAUCAAGUAAUUUUUAAUUUUCAUCAUUCCAUGAAGAUUCAUUCAGUCUGGAAUCCCAAACCCUUCCAGGGAAUCAUGUCUGGAUUCACAGAGUGGCACGAUGCUUCCGUGGCCCCAGCUGUGGUAGCCCCAGCCAUGGUGGCCACAUGUAUAGCCCGCCGAUGGCCGGGGAGUCAUGGCUGUACACCGGCUUCCUGGCUCCGGAGGUGGGUCCAGGGCAGGAAGGUGCCUCCCUUCCAGCGUGCGCCGUACCCUGCUGGUGCCUGUCCCAGAAGGAGAAAGGGUCUGCUGUGUGGACGCCCCAUGCCUGUGGAGCUUGAGGCAUACAGAUGGGGAGGACAGAAGCACAGCCCACCGUGGCUCGAGAGAAGACAUGCCUGUUAUCUGCGGACCUGGAGUCCUGACCGGCAGCCUACGUAGCAGUGAUUCCUGCACAUUUCCAGAGUCGUCUGUGGCACAAGUGGGAUGCUUUGGCCUCUGGACAAGCACAGAUCUGCGACAGGGACGUGGUACCUUGUGCAGGCCUCCUGUGACGCCAGCUCUUGCUUGGUUUAAUCUCUGGCGUGGCCCUAACCCUUUAACCAGCUGACUAGUACCGGAUGUUUGCACACCACUGUGCGUCCUCCCUGUAACAGCACGUGAGAGUUAUGCUGGGAGAGAUGCUCAUGAAGCCCUUAGAAAGUAAGGCUUUCCACUUGACUGAUCAUGGUGUCGUGGCUUUCAGAAAGUGUCUCCUUUUGGGUGGUCUGCAUGCCAUUGCCCCCGUGGGUGACCGAGUGGAUCGUGCUGAGCAUCCAGGGACGGUGAGGGGCGCUCCGGGCAUACACGCCUGCCGUAGCAUUGCUCUUAGACUUUCUGGACCCAUUGGCCGGUGGCUGCGCUCCUGCUCCCGGGGUGGGGCAUCCUGAGGGGCUUUCAGAAAGGCGGCACCCCUGGAGGGGGGCCGGCCCAGCGCUCGGGCUUCGGGAUGUCGGGCUCGCCUGGCGCACCCCGCAGCUGGAGUGGGGCAGCAUCCAUGGGCUUGGCGUCUGGCCAUCUCAGCACCCCCGGCAGCUCGGGUAGGGGUGCUCUAUGGGGGCUAGGGCUGUGGUCUCAGCUCCGUCAGACCUGUCCUUCAGACACCAGGUCUGUUAUGGGCAAGAACGUUUUCUUGGGGGAAUGCAGGCAUAGGUUUGGAAGACCUAGGAACAGAGUGGCCAGGUGACCCAGGACAGGAGCAUGAGGGCCCAGGAAGGAUGGCUUCUAAAUUACUUGAAAUGUUUUACUCAGCCAUUAAAAAGGAAACUUGACAAAAUAGGAAUAAAAUUCUGUAUUCUCAAAUGUAAACCUUUGUAAAGUAACAGUUGGGUUCUAAAGGGGUUUUAUUUCGAUUAUUUGAGAAAGAAGUAUAUAUAUUCUAGAUGCUAAUUAAAAUAUUUAUGAAUUACCUUACACUUCCUUUAGUGGUAUGAUAUUGAGCUGUAGGAAGUGGGUGCACAAGCUUGGGGCCGCUCGUGGGCCCUGCGAAUGGCGGCUGUCUUUCUAGCGAGCAGUUCUUUGGCACCCAGUCAGCUGUGCCCAAAUCCCGUUUACACCCUCGCCGCCCUGGCCUGGCGUCCUGAGCAGCCCCACGGUGUGGUCACCACCACGGCUAGCCCCUUCGCUGCGCCCCCUGCUGUCUGCGUCUUCCAGGGGAGACACUCGCCGCUCCAAACCCUGCCCCCAUGCUGCCAGGCUUGCCGAGGGCCCGGGGCCCCUCCGGUGUUGGCCCCUGUGGCAACGAUCCUGCGGUAGGCCCCCCUUGAUGUGGGGGAUCUUCCUGUCCUGAGCUGUUAGCUGCAGCAGAGAGUUGGGUCCCGGUGCAGGCACAGCAGCGCUAAGUCUCUAAAGCCAUUCUGCACAGUGUGGCUUGCAGGGGUGGCUCCCUCGGCCUUCCUGUGUCACCUCCGGAGGGGCCUGCGGUGUCCACACCCCUUGAGAAGGAAGCAAGAGUUCUUAGCACGGGUUUCAUCCUCCACGUUUUAAACACCCGCUCUUGUAGUUGGGAUUCGGGAAGAUAGCGUGUGGCUUCUAGAUCCACAUCUAGAUGUGGAUAUCGAAAUCCAGACUUUUUGGAAUAUCGAAAUCUAGACUUUUUUAAAAAAUGAAGGGCACUUUGUAAUUUCUAAAGAAUAACCUCCAGGCGGUGGUUCUCACAGUGCGGCCCUGGGCCGGCUGCACCUGAGAACCACCACCACCCCACCCCCCCGGCUGUGUAUAAAUGUCAUUUUUUAGAAAUAGUGUUUUUAUUAAAAUGCUAAGUUAAUGUUCCUAUAAUAGCUCCAAGUAGGAUCUUUGAACUGUAUGACACAUCAGAAGUCAAGGUGGAAGCCAUCUGAAUCGUUGGAAUGUCUGCCUUUGUGACCACUUGGGGGUCCAUUUCUAUCUUUGCGGCGGAAGGGGGUGGUCCGUGGCCCGUGGGUGUGGCUGUGCUGCUGGGAGGCCAGGUUCCAGAUGGAUGUCCGCCUGGCGGAACCAUGCCCAGGUAGCCUCCGCUGCACACUGGCUUCACGUCCUGUCUGACUGUGCCCCCAGUCGGACCCCCGUGCGGCGGGUAGGCGCUCAGUGUGAUGUCCGGAGGAGGGUUAAUAAAGCACUGUCGUGAUGACCUGU